AUGUUUGCGGGCGUGGCGCUCCCAGUUUUCACCGCCUGUUUCUUGUGUCUCGUAGUAACAGUGCUUGUUUGGUUCUUGUUACGAAAGAAGCGUUCAAGCGUGUUGAUCCUCGGUAUAUGUGAUUCCGGCAAAACGACUCUAUUUGCUCAACUUCACCAUGGUGCCACUAUGCCUACUCAUACGUCCUUGAAGGAAAAUAUAGGAAAGUUCCAAACAGAAAAAGAGAUUUAUGUACAACGUUCUGACGGACCCGGAGAUUGUGUCCUGCCGACCAAAGUUCCUGAUCGUCUGCAACAAGCAGGAUUGUACCUCGGCAAAGGGCAGGCUAAAAGCCCAGAUAUCGUGAUUGCUGGUGUUAUGAACGCCCAGGUAGGCAGGCUAAGCGCUGCUAAGGCCCGACUGGGUGGUUGUCUUGGUUUGGACACGAGACGCACAGACAACGGAGACCGCUUACUAUGUGUGUGUGCCGACCACAGACUGUUCCUUUGUAGUACGAAUUUCCGUAAUAGCGGAUAUCGCCCGACAACGUAG